AUGUUGCGUCGCCACCUGCAUCCAUUUCUGGUGGGCGUCGCCAGCAGCAACUGCCUCUCGCCGUGUCGCGUCACACCGCUGUCCUGCGCGCAGCGUGGCGUUUUCGCGGAUAAGGCACGUGCCGGCAUGAUCGUCAAGAUCGACAAACGCCACUACCGCGUUAUUGCCAACACGCGCUCGCAGAAGGGGCAGAACGCCGCCAGCUUCAACAUUAAACUCGUGGAGGUGGGCACCGGCCGCAAGAAGGAGGUGACGGCGGGCCAGGGUCACGACUUCGCGGAGGUGCGGUCGGAGCGGGUGCGGCUCCUCUUUAGCGGCUUCGACGACGACGACAUGGCGUGCUUCGUCUACCCCGAGCACAGCGCGGACGCGGGGAAGGAGGNCCUCUUUAGCGGCUUCGACGACGACGACAUGGCGUGCUUCGUCUACCCCGAGCACAGCGCGGACGCGGGGAAGGAGGUGAAUAUCCCCGGCGACUCGCUGCCGGAGCUGCAGCAGAAGUUCCUCUGCUGCGGCAUGCCGGUGGACGUGCUGCACAUCAUCCCCGACGAGGACGAGUCACCGGAGGCGAAGGAGGUGUGGGCGGAAGUGAUCAUGCCCACCAGCUACACCUACUCUGUGGAGAAGGUCUCGCUGAAGGGGAUGUACCGCAUGGCGUCGUUUAAGGAGUGCGACGGCCUCGUCAGCGUCAACGACUCAGUGCAAGUGAACGACAAGGUGAAGGUCAUGAUGAAGCCGGACGGCACCGCGGCGUUCGGCGGGCGCACCACAUGA